UGACGUGGUUAGGGUGCAGAGUGAAAAUGGAGAAGACGUGUAUAUAAACAAGUCAAAACCCUAGUCCCUUACCCACUCGCUUCCAUCCCAAUACUCAUUGAUCUUCCGAUUGAAACCCUCAAAACCACUUUUCCACUUACUAUUUGAUUUCACUUUUCUCAGCCUUUGCUAAUUGUUGGUAAAUCGGAGAAGUGAAGUGCAUUCCAAAAUCCCAAUGGAGAUCACUGGGUCUACUAAACCUGAUGAUGUGGCUAGUUCUAUGGAUCAAAGUUUUCCUUUGGCUGACCUAAACAAAGUGCAAAAGCCUGGUUCUGAGAACAGUGAUUCCGGCGAAUGUAAGGAUGACGUUGACAAUGACAAUGAUGAAAAAUCAGAUGAUGAGUAUGAUGAUGACUCAGAAGAAGGGAGUGAUUAUGACGAUGAUUCAGAUGAUGAUGAAGAAAGUGAUGAUGACGAAGAUGAUGAUGAAGAUGACGAAGAUGAUGACGAAGAUGACGACGAUGAGGAUGAAGACGAUGAUGACAACGACGACGACGAAGACGAUGAUGACGACUAAGACGAAAAGGGUGGAAAAGAAAUUUGGUAAUUCUUUUAGCACUUAAUUAUUUAGGGAGUCAAAAUCAUUAUAACUGUGGAAAGAUCAAUUCAUAGUAGCAAAUUUUUACCUUUGGUUUCAUUUAUAUUCAUUCAAUGGACAAGUGGAAGUUGAAACACGAAACAAAAAACAUUCUAGGAAUGGCGU